AUGGCGACUUGGGCCUAUCCCCCACUGCCCGCCGACCAGUUGACCCGCGAGGCCGACUCCGCAUUGGCCCGCGAACUGGAGUGGCUGCUCCAAUCGCUGCAGGAGUCACUAGCCUCUCUCAAGGAAGGUCUCCAAGAUUGCGCUGCCCUACUAGCGCCGCAAGAACCGGGAUCGACUCUAGUCCUCUCGUCGCUGCGGUCCGAACAUGUCAAGGGCUUCGUGACUCGCGUCGGCACCAAGGUCGUCAAAGGAGAUAUUCAACUCCGCCUCAGCUCAUUACCUCCUCCACGAGGUGCUCCCAGCACCCGCCUCACCUUGUCCCAAUCGCCUGACGCCCCUGGCAUGGUCUUGCCGCAGCUCGUGUCGGCACGAAACCUGGUCAAUCAGAGCUUGGAUAUAGUGGAUGUCAGCACGUUCACGGGCGACCCCUUGAAUGCAGGGUUCAUCUUCAGCCAGCUGCACCUCCUGCAAGAGACCAUCAGCGAGGCACGCCAGAUGCUGAAGGGGGAUGGGGACGUGCGUGGAAACUGGUGGGAAACCAGCGCCGCCGACAACACAUUCGAUCCUCCGCCUCCGCCCUACCUUUCAUUCCACCUCUCCAUCGCAGACUCGGCAUUGGUCCUUUUGGUCCGUACCCUCGAAAGCAGCACUACGGCGCAGGCGCCCUCGGCCUUUGCCUCGGAUAUUUCCCUGGCCGGGUUCUCUCUGCGAGACCGGAUCUUCGGAACCCGAAAUCGUGCGCAUGACGAGGCUGGCGACGUGUUUACGUGGAAAGGAGAGGAAGUACACGUCCGUGAGAAGGUGCGGGUAGAAAGCCAGGAUCCCAGCUUGAUGGCGGUCAUGGCCAAGUUGACGGCGCUGGAACAUGAAGUGAUGCGCUGGGUGGCGGCGCUGCGAGUGUUGAUGGGUGACGAGGACACCGAGAGCGAGGUAUAG